AUGAAUCGUGAAUCUGACUGGCUUUGGGUAGAGCCUAUAAUGGGAUCUCGAAGAGUCAGUAAUUUUUGUUGGGCAGCUAUUCUUUUAUUUGGCGCACUUGGUUUUUUUUUCGUAGGAAUUUCAAGUUAUUUUGGUAAAGAUUUAAUCCCUUUUUUAUCAUCCCAACAAAUUCUUUUUGUGCCCCAAGGAGUUGUAAUGUGUUUUUAUGGGAUUGCUGGUUUAUUUCUUAGUUUUUAUUUGUGGUGUACUAUUUUUUGGAAUGUAGGUAGCGGUUAUAAUAAAUUUGAUAAAAAAAAAAAAAUAGUAUCUUUGUUUCGUUGGGGAUUUCCUGGAGAAAAUCGUCGUAUUUGUAUUAAUUUUUUUAUGAAAGAUAUACAAGGAAUACGGAUGGAAGUUCAAGAAGGUAUUUAUCCUCGACGUACUCUUUAUAUGAAAAUAAAAGGUCAACAAGAUAUUCCUUUAACACGCAUUAGAGAAAAUUUAACUUUAGGAGAAAUAGAAGAAAAAGCAGCAGAGUUAGCUCGAUUUUUACGUGUAUCUAUAGAAGGACUUUAA